CCUCCCUGCAGACACGCAGGCUCACACGCGGAGCACUGGGAAGUACACAUUUACUGUACUGCAUGCCGACUGCCUUGAAGAAACUGUAGCUAACCACCUUAUUAGUAUUCUUGCCUCCACCGUGUCUCACUUGCAGCAUCAGAGGGCUGAGCAAAUGCAGUAGAACAGGGACAGACACAGCUCUGGCAAUCAUCUCAAUGCAGGCUGCCGAAUGUUGGGUGUGGGGAAUGCAGCGCAUCAAGAUUAAUAACCUUGCCAUAAUCCGGGGCACCCUGCAAGCAGACACCUCUGCUGAUUGACCUGCUCCUGGCUUGAUGCAUCUCCUGGGGGAGAGGGAUCCGGAAUCUACCUAGUCCUGGGGCCCCCCUGAUUUUGGAUGUUCAUUUGAUCCUUCACAGAUCUGGGAAGGUAACAGUGAGCUGUGCCAUCUGCAGCACACAGCAGCUCUUGGAGGUUACUACUGACAGUUUUCAUUACACUGGUUUGUGUGAGUGCCUGUGUUUGUAUGUGUUUGUGAGUGUGGGUGCCUGCUUUGCAUGAAAGAGAAUGUGUGAGUGUCCGUGUGUGUGUACGUGUUAGUGUGACAACCAAAGCAGGUAUUUCGUACAGUAGGAGAUUUCAACAGCGUGACAAUAUUCUCCGGGCACUUGGGCUCACAGUCUGUAGCCCCCACCCCCCGCCUUUCGCCACCUCCUUGCUUCCCCACUCCCCCUUCUGCUUUUGCCUUUGAUGAGUUUUUGGCUUACUUUUUGGCGGAGUCUCUUGGACACGUUUUUGCUGGUGCUGGAAGAUCAGAUACAUGGAACCUUUGAAAACUGAUUAUUUUUCUCCGAUAUGACUUAAAAAAAUAAAAAGAAGAAAAGAAAAUAGAGUAGUGCACGGCAAGCUAGAGGAUUGUAAAUUUUCCUUGGUGAACUUUGAGGAUCCAUAAAGAAGUUAUUAUGAAAAGACUGUGCUUCUCAGACCCUCUUUGUGGUUAGCCAGGACCAGAAACCAAAUGAAGUGUUUGCUGUCAUUACACAUAUUUGAUGAAGAGGAUACUGAGGCUCACAGAGAAUUACUAAUUUGUUCAAGACAGUCUAAUGUGGAGUAAUCAAGAGUGAAUGCCCUGAAAGCACACAUACCAGCUUGGACCAGCAUUCUUUUUUUUUUUUUUUUUUUUUUGAGAGGAAAAACUACAGAGACAGAGUAGCAGCAGAAAUGGUUCUCUUUACUGAGAGGCUGCCAGAUCACCCAAUGAGAGAGGGGCCAAAUAAGCUGGAACAUCAUCUAAUACACUGAAUGAGUUACUGGAAAAGCAAGAAUAACUUAUGCGGAUUAACAAUAUGGAAACAUCCUGAAACUACUUUGGAAUCGCCAUAAAUUAAGUGGGUUCAAGUUUUGCAAACAGAGAAACGGGUCCAUGAACAAUUUGCUACAGGAAGAGGCCAAAAUAUUAACAUUAACGGGAAUUUGGAAGAAGUUGUUUCCAGCUCUCAUGGAUGACUUCAAGGGCUUCAAGACUUCAGUAGAGUUUAAAGAAGUAUCUGCAGAAAUCCAGAGCACUUAUUAAACUUCUUUGAGUUUUCUCAGGAAGAUCAAUACCUGUUGGAGAAAUUUUACUAAGAUCAAGAAACUGAGAGUGAGGAAGAAGGGACUGGCCAGAGUUACUCAGCUAGACAGUGACAGACAACAGUGGAAUUUGUGAUUGGCAAACGCACUGCCUAUUUACAGCAUAGAGACCCCAGUGGAGAGCUAGAAACAGCCUCAUGUUCCCUGCUUGACUCGAGAGAUGACUUUCCUUGGGAUUCACUUAUCUGGUGAAUACUACUGAAUAAGGAAGACAAGUCUCUACUCCAUGGAAAUUAACCUUCCACCGAGACUGUUUGAAUUCUAGAAGGACCAACACCAGAUAAAUUAUGAAUGUUGAACAAGAUGACCUUACAUCCACAGCAGAUAAUGAUAGGUCCUAGGUUUAACAGGGCCCUAUUUGACCCCCUGCUUGUGGUGCUGCUGGCUCUUCAACUUCUUGUGGUGGCUGGUCUGGUGCGGGCUCAGACCUGCCCUUCUGUGUGCUCCUGCAGCAACCAGUUCAGCAAGGUGAUUUGUGUUCGGAAAAACCUGCGUGAGGUUCCGGAUGGCAUCUCCACCAACACACGGCUGCUGAACCUCCAUGAGAACCAAAUCCAGAUCAUCAAAGUGAACAGUUUCAAGCACUUGAGGCACUUGGAAAUCCUACAGUUGAGUAGGAACCAUAUCAGAACCAUUGAAAUUGGGGCUUUCAAUGGUCUGGCAAACCUCAACACUCUGGAACUCUUUGACAAUCGUCUUACUACCAUCCCGAAUGGAGCUUUUGUAUACUUGUCUAAACUGAAGGAGCUCUGGUUGCGAAACAACCCCAUUGAAAGCAUCCCUUCUUAUGCUUUUAACAGAAUUCCUUCUUUGCGCCGACUAGACUUAGGGGAAUUGAAAAGACUUUCAUAUAUCUCAGAAGGUGCCUUUGAAGGUCUGUCCAACUUGAGGUAUUUGAACCUUGCCAUGUGCAACCUUCGGGAAAUCCCUAACCUCACGCCGCUCAUAAAACUAGAUGAGCUGGAUCUUUCUGGGAAUCAUUUAUCUGCCAUCAGGCCUGGCUCUUUCCAGGGUUUGAUGCACCUUCAAAAACUGUGGAUGAUACAAUCCCAGAUUCAAGUGAUUGAACGGAAUGCCUUUGACAACCUUCAGUCACUAGUGGAGAUCAACCUGGCACACAAUAAUCUAACAUUACUGCCUCAUGACCUCUUCACUCCCUUGCAUCAUCUAGAGCGGAUACAUUUACAUCACAACCCUUGGAACUGUAACUGUGACAUACUGUGGCUCAGUUGGUGGAUAAAAGACAUGGCCCCCUCCAACACAGCUUGUUGUGCCCGGUGUAACACUCCUCCCAAUCUAAAGGGGAGGUACAUUGGAGAGCUUGACCAGAAUUACUUCACAUGCUAUGCUCCGGUGAUUGUGGAGCCCCCUGCAGACCUCAAUGUCACUGAAGGCAUGGCAGCUGAGCUGAAAUGUCGGGCUUCCACAUCGCUGACAUCUGUAUCUUGGAUUACUCCAAACGGAACAGUCAUGACACAUGGGGCGUACAAAGUGCGGAUAGCUGUGCUCAGUGAUGGUACGUUAAAUUUCACAAAUGUAACCGUGCAAGAUACAGGCAUGUACACAUGUAUGGUGAGUAAUUCCGUUGGGAAUACUACUGCUUCAGCCACCCUGAAUGUUACUGCAGCAACCACUACUCCUUUCUCCUACUUUUCAACUGUCACAGUAGAGACUAUGGAACCGUCUCAGGAUGAGGCACGGACCACAGAUAACAAUGUGGGUCCCACUCCAGUGGUCGACUGGGAGACCACCAAUGUGACCACCUCUCUCACGCCACAGAGCACAAGAUCGACAGAGAAAACCUUCACCAUCCCAGUGACUGAUAUAAACAGUGGGAUCCCAGGAAUUGAUGAGGUCAUGAAGACUACCAAAAUCAUCAUUGGGUGUUUUGUAGCCAUCACACUCAUGGCUGCAGUGAUGCUGGUCAUUUUCUACAAGAUGAGGAAGCAGCACCAUCGGCAAAACCAUCACGCCCCAACAAGGACUGUUGAAAUAAUUAAUGUGGAUGAUGAGAUUACGGGAGACACACCCAUGGAAAGCCACCUGCCCAUGCCUGCUAUCGAGCAUGAGCACCUAAAUCACUAUAACUCAUACAAAUCUCCCUUCAACCACACAACAACAGUUAACACAAUAAAUUCAAUACACAGUUCAGUGCAUGAACCGUUAUUGAUCCGAAUGAACUCUAAAGACAAUGUACAAGAGACUCAAAUCUAAAACAUUUACAGAGUUACAAAAAACAAACAAUCAAAAAAAAGACAGUUUAUUAAAAAUGACACAAAUGACUGGGCUAAAUCUACUGUUUCAAAAAAGUGUCUUUACAAAAAAACAAAAAAGAAAAGAAAUUUAUUUAUUAAAAAUUCUAUUGUGAUCUAAAGCAGACAAAAUUAUGUGUAUUCCUCAGAACCUGUUUUUGCUGCACUUAUUCACUAUUUUCCCACAUCUCGUUCCUCCCUUCCCUGAUUGCCAUAUUUUUCAUAGCAGAUCUCAAUUCCUUAAAGAACUGGUCUAGGAAAUUUUGUAAGAAUUCUGUUACACUUUGAGAUUUUUAUGGUGAAUUCUAGUGGUGAGAUCCAGUCUAUUUUGUCUCUCUCUCUCUUUUUUUAAUUUUUUUCUUUUUCCCUCAUACCCAUAUGAAGUAAUCCAAUGGGGAAUGCAAUAUUAGAAAUAGAUUUUUAAGAGAGAACAAGGAAAAAAAUGCAAGAUCUUAUAUUUUUCAUGUAAUGACCUGUUCUGUAUUUAUGAGGGAGACCAUUCUAUGGAAAAGAAAAGUAAGCAAACAACAGAUUAAUUUGCAUAUGAGCAUCUAUAAAACCCAUGACUUUUAAACAACUCUAGAACCAGAAUUUGUAGUUAAAAAGCUAAAAAUAAGAUUAUAAAUAAAAUAUUGUUGGUUUUUCUGUACCUGGACACAACUCAUUUGUAGUAUGGCUCAAAUGUGAGAAACUUGAAGCUAAUUAGAUUUUCUGCUUUCUAAGAAAGAAAAUACUACAGUAUUCUUCAGUCACAAAACCAAUCUCUACAGGGUCCUGUUUGACUAGUUGACUUGAGUUUUAGAUCUAUGUUUAAGGAUGCUGUGGUAUUUUUUCCUUCUCAUUAGGCUUAUACUUUGUAGAAUGCUCAGGUUCAAAAAUAAUGAUUUUGUGAAGUAAAUUUAAUUCUACUUGAAGGAAAGUUUCAGUAUAAUUUAUUUACUGUCUCCUAAACGUAAUUUCAUUGGUCAGAUGAACUAUAACCGCAAAACAUGAAAGUAUUCUAAAUCAUCUAGAGCUGAAAAAGAAUAUUUGGUGAUGAGUAUUAGCAAAUUCAGUUCAAUUCAAUGAUAAUUAUUAAAGACCUACUGUGUGCAAAAUACAGAUUUUAGUAUCGUGGGUGCACAGUUGACAAGAUCUGGUUCCUGCUCUUGCAUUACUCCCAAUCUAUAUAAAAAUGAUUAAAGAAAUCAUCUCAGUUCAUUACUGGUUGCCAGCUCUAAUUUUACUGUUAGGUGAAAGGCUGUGAAUCAGACCCUUAACGUUCAAAAUAUUAGAUUAUUAGAUUAUUGUUAUUAUACAAAGCUCUUGGAUUUCUGGUUUCUUCCAUCUUUUUGGAAGAGGUGAUUGAUUAUCUUUUUCUAAAUGCAAACUGCAGAGCUAUAAGAAGUGUGGGUUUAGAUUUGCUCUGAAGGAUGACUACAUACCAGGAGAGGGCAAUGCUAAAUCAGUGGUAAUAAUUAAUGGUAUUUUUUAAGGAGCUGGGGGCAUUUUGGCUAAGAGACCAUACACUGGAUCCCAAGUAAAAAGGGAACUUUCUGGUUAUUGCACCUUGGCAUUCUCCUGAUAUUUUCAUAUAUUAUGUAUAUGACUUCUAUCUUUAUGUGAAACAAGUGAAUAUAUACAGAUCUCAUUAUUGGCCUUGAAACUUGCUACCUUGGUGGUGAAACAAGGACUGACCAAGCUGAAGAAAACUUCAGCUCCUAAUGGCUAAGAAGCUUGGAUACUCACACUUAAUUCUGCAGGCUGAAACUUACUCCAUGGUUUCGUGGUUUCCAGGUGUGAGAAAUCAAUUAUUAAUAGCAAAGUAGGUCAGAGAAAAUGGGAGAAAAAGACGGGAAAUGAAGGAGAGCAUGCAAGAGUCUUGCUUCUAUUUUUUUGAUCACCAAUUAUCUGGCUUUUUUCUUCCUUAUAUCUUACCUCCCUUUGUUAGGAACACAAUCCACACUUGGUUUCACUGUGAAGACUCAAGAAAAGGGAAAACAUAUUUUGACUAUUGUUUGUCAAGUUAUUCAGUAUUGAAUAUACUUAACACAUUCCCAACCUGCAGAUCACAAAAACACAAACAAGCAACAACAAAAAACACCAACAAAUAUCUAUAACAACAAGCAAGUGCUAGUACAAACAAAAGUGAUAUAAAUCGAGAGGGAAAAUGAUCCUGCUUUCUCUACUUGGCUUGCGUUCACCAAACUCUGUCUUUGCUGACCCUGAAGCUUCUUUCAUUUUAAGCUUAGAAUUCUUGCAGGUUUAGUCCAAGUAUGCAAUUACCCUUGGCUGUGAGAGGUGGCUGAGCAGUUAGAAAAAUGCUACCAAAUAGGAUGAAAGGUGAACUUGUACUUAAAAAGUUAGGUUGGAAUCUAAAGCAUACAAUUCAGUCUUCUAGGAGGUUAUAGUAUAGUACUAAUGAAUAUAUUUUGUGAAAAAAAUUGAUGCAAGGUUUAAAUAAACCAGACUUGGCCUCUAUAAUAAAUUUAGAAACUCUUUUACCAAAGGUCCUCAUUUCAGGUUUUGGGGAUAAAGGGUAGAGUGCUAUAAAUCUAUUAUUUAAAGAAAUCUAAAAUGAAUUCUAGAUGUUUCUGAUUAACAGUAAGCCUCUAUUUUCCCUGCAUAACAUAUUUGACCCUUGGCCCAUCAGAACAGUAGCUGCACUGAUGUAUUAGAGACCAUUACAAACGUGAAUUUACUUAGUUUAGCAGGAAGCCUAGAUGACUGUUUAAAUAUUCGCUAUACUGUUGUACCAAAAUAUAAUUCUAUGUCUACUGCUCCUUGUAGUCUAUCCAAAGGCAACUGGGUGGCAGUAUUCUGAAAUAUGCACACCAAAAACACACCAUUUACAAUUCAUCAAGUUAAAGUAACCCAGUGAUAAUCUCUGUGUGUGUGUGUGUGUGUGUGUGUGUGUGUGUGUGUAUUUGUAUUUCCUACUAAUAGUAUGCAUUUUGCUUCCCUAAACAUCCAAGAUGCUUCAGAAAGAAGAUUCUCUAACAUCUUUUUCUAUUCAGGAAUUUUACUCCUCCACAUCUGCCAUGACCUUAGUCUUGAACACUCUUUUGAAAGUGUACAGAUGUAUUUGCAUUAGCAAAAUAAUAAAAGGAUUUGGUGUAGCUUACACAUAUAGGCUCUGAUAAAGCUUUAAUAAUUUCCUCUCGUAUUUCAAAUAUUCUGAAAUCGUGUAUCUUUUUCAAAGACUGAAAUAGGUUAUUUGCAUAUGGAAGAGUGAUAAAAAAUUUUUUUGAUAAAGAAAAUGUGGCUAGUUCAUAAUUGCUUUUAGUCCUUAUAAUCAAAAAAUUAAAUAUUAGGAUAUUGUUUGAGACCCGUUUACCAUGAAAUAAAAUUCUAAAUAUAGAUGUGCUGGGGGUAAAAAUUCUUGACAAUGUAAGGGCUAUUUACAUGGCGGAAAGAAAAGGAAGAAGGCAUAUUAAGAAUAGCCUGGCCGGGCGCGGUGGCUCAAGCCUGUAAUCCCAGCACUUUGGGAGGCCGAGACGGGCGGAUCACUAGGUCAGGAGAUCGAGACCAUCCUGACGAACACGGUGAAACCCCGUCUCUACUAAAAAAUACAAAAAACUAGCCGGGCGAGGCGGCGGGCGCCUGUAGUCCCAGCUACUCGGGAGGCUGAGGCAGGAGAAUGGCGUAAACCCGGGGGGCGGAGCUUGCAGUGAGCUGAGAUCCGGCCACUGCACUCCAGCCCGGGCGACAGAGCCAGACUCCGUCUCAAAAAAAAAAAAAAAAAAAAAAAAUAGCCUUCACUGAAACAUAAAAACAUAUUAAGUAGAUUAUUAAGUAGAUGGCGCCAGAGUAUCCAACAUUUUUAAGGUAAAGAUUGAUAAAGGUGAAAAACAAAAAACAAAAAACUUCAGUCUCAUCUUUUUGGGAUAAUCUUCAAGAUAUUUAGAUAAAGUUGAAGAGUUAGAUGAGUGCUUACAAAUGCAAUGUGGCACUCUAAAGCAAUAUAAUUUAAAAUAUUGUGUUCAACUACUUAUUUGUGGCUUCAGCUUGUUUUAAAUAAGAAUCUUGAACAUAAUGAUAUCAUUAACUAUCCAGACAUAGCAUGUGAAUGCUGGGUAAGCAGUCAUACUCUGCAAAAAGCUGUCUUUCUCUUAAAUAUAGUAGCACAGAAUCAAAUAUCUUAUAAAACAUCCUGAAAUUACAUAUGCACCAUUAUUUCUGAUUAGAAUGUGAUUCUGUACAAUAGCUACUUCUGAUAAAAAUGAGUCUAAACAGUUACCUUUCAAAAAUCAAGGUCCCUGCAAUUCUUUCUCUUCUUUUGCAAGAAGAAAUGUGAAUUCCUAAAAGCUCUGUACAUAUUAGAUAGGAAGCAGCUGGGACACCACUGUCUUCUCAUGCUCCAUCGGGAUACAGAACGCGAUACAUCUGGCUGUAUGAGAGAAAAAAGAAAUCUUCUUGAAUUAAUGUAGCACACUGUCAAUUAGGAUCCAAAUUUAGAUACUGAAUGAAGCCUUCUCAAAACACAUACCAGUUCACAUCCUUCUGUUUCUUAAACUGCUGCCAACAGAACUUCCGAAAUUUCAACCUUAUUUGAGAAAACUAUAUAAAUUGUAUGUAAAAUUAUAUAAUUAAAUUUUAUAAUAUGGUUAGCAGUAAAAUGUAAAACUGCUGUUCAUUUUUUGUUUUGCCCAGGAUUAAGAAAAAAGAAAAAUAGAGAGGAACUUGCUGCAAGGCAGACAAUAAAUGAAGCUAUUUUAAUGGAAUCACAUGAUAUUG